AGCUACACUAACUGCCUGCUACACUAACUGCCUAUCUUUAAAUCUGGCUUCAGAGGCAUCUGGGGGCAGGAAUGUGCCUCUCCUCUUACCCACUUCUUUGUCCAGUAGAUCUUCAGGACACAGCCUCCUUAACUCUAAAGUUCAAAUUUAACCCGAAGCUGGGCAUUGACAAUCCUGUUCUCUCCCUGGCCGAAGACCAUGACUGCUCUGAUCCAUGGAACCUGAAGAGGCCUCGCUUCUGUUUGCUGAGCAAAGAGGAGGGCAGGAGUUUUGGUUUCCACCUGCAGCAGCAGUUGGGCAGGCCUGGGCAUGUGGUGUGCUGGGUAGAGCCGGGCUCCUCUGCCCAGCGCCAGGGUCUCCGGGAAGGAGACCUGAUCUUGGCGGUGAACAGUGAUGUCGUGGAACAUGAGGACUAUGUGGUGGUGGUGCGCCACAUCCGGGCCAGUGGUCCCCGGGUUCUGCUGACAGUCUUGGCGAGGCAUGUUUAUGAAGUGGCCCGAGUUCAGCAAGGGAACAGUGGCCACCUCUGUCCUGUUCUAGACUCAGGGGUCCGGCCCCGGCUGUGCCAAAUAGUAAAAGAUGAAGGUGGCUUUGGCUUCAGUGUCACCCAUGGAGCUCAGGGUCCUUUCUGGUUGAUGCUAAGUGCGGGAGGAGCGGCGGAGCGGGCAGGGGUGCCCCAAGGGGCUCGGCUGCUUGAGGUGAAUGGGCUCAGUGUGGAGAAGUUUACUCACAACCAACUCAAUAGGAAGCUUUUGCAGAGUGGAGAGCAGGUGACCCUGCUGGUGGCAGGGCCAGAAGUGGAGGAACAGUGUCGCCAGCUAGGAAUGCCCCUAGCUGCACCCCUGGCAGAAGGCUGGGCACUGCCUGCCAAGCCUCGAUGUCUGCAACUAGAGAAAGGGCCCCAGGGCUUCGGGUUCCUUCUGCGGGAAGAGAAGGGCCUCAAUGGUCGCCUUGGACAGUUCCUGUGGGAGGUGGACCCAGGACUACCAGCUGAGAAGGCCGGGAUGCAGGCUGGGGACCGGUUGGUGGCUGUGGCUGGGGAGAGCGUGGAGGGGCUGGGCCAUGAGGAGACAGUGUCCAGGAUCCGGGCGCAGGGUUCUUGUGUUUCCCUCAUUGUCGUCGACCGUGAGGCUGACCGCUUCUUCAGCAUGGUUCGCCUGUCCCCACUCCUCUUCUUGGAGUGCACAGAAGCUGCUGCCUCCCCCCAAGACACUGGCUCAGCUUUUCUGGUUGAGACCGAGGACCUACCAGAUGAAAACACAACCAUACCUCCUGGUCCUCUCGGCUCCUGCAAGCGCUUCCUGUACCCUGGGCCUGGUGGCGGCUAUGGUUUCCGACUCAGCUGUGUGGCCAGUCGGCCUUGUCUUUUUGUCUCCCAGGUGACCCCAGGAGGUUCAGCUGCCCGGGCAGGGCUGCAAAUGGGAGAUAUGGUUCUGGAGGUGAACGGGUAUACUGUGGAUGGAAAUGAUGGCUUGCAAAAGCUUCAGCAGCUGGCCGAGGCCAAGCCACCCCUCUGCCUAAAGCUGGCAGCCAGGUCUCAACAGAGCUUGGAAGCCUGGAUUCCCCCAGGGAUUAGAAAGGACUGGACUCUGAACUCAGAUCUGCUAUAGGACACCCCUGCUUGCCGUAGUUCUGCCAAGUGGUUCUCCUGACUUCUCUCUGCAGCCUGAAGUGGUGGGAGCAGAGAUGGUUUCUCUAAUCCAGAAGUGGGAACUAGAGGUCUAGGACACCAUCGAUCACAGGAAUGGCCAGGGACUCCCUCCCUUCCCAUGGCAUACCUCCCAGGAAAGGGUGUGGUCAGAGACCUCAGGGAGGGCCCUGAAGGAGCCUAGACUCCAGAGGAUGCCACGUGGGAGCUUUGCAGAGAUGUGUCCCAAGGAUGAAGUUCUGCCUGAGAAGGGGAUGCUGUCGGGCUAGUUGUGGGGAUGAAUUGAAGCCAUCUGGAACUUGCCCUAGUAUGACUCCAGUGUAAUACGCUACAAGAAUGUGGAGAACAGCUAUACCCUCCCUCCAUGGAUGCCUUAGACUGUGGGGGCUGAUAUCUGGUAACUGUUGGGUUUUAUUAUAGAAAUGUACUUUCUCUAUGAA